CACAAGGGCUGGGAAAACAUACGAGUCUUCAAAGCUUCUGGAUUCUGAUAUAUCAUUCGUGAGCAGUGGAAGGCCAAGUGUGGACCGAAUGUUCCCAACAAUGUAUGAGGAUAUGGACAGUGCGAUGAGUGGAAUUGCCCCCGGUAGGUUCUCAGACUAUGAUGGCAGAAGCAGCUUCGCUUCCUCCUACUCUUCACAAUCGCAAGGCAUGGAUGACUGCUACUCCUUCUCCUCCCAAUCAAGGUUAUCCGACUGCAGCACCGAUGAUGUCGAAUUCGAGAUGAGGAGGCUGAAGCUAGAACUCAAGCAGACUAUGGAGAUGUACAGCUCUGCCUGCAAGGAAGCCAUGACAGCAAAGCAGAAGGCAAUGGAGCUUAAACGUUUGAAAGUGGAAGAACAGAAGAAACUGGAAGAGUCCUCGUCGUUAUCGUCGGGGGGUGAGGCUGCUGCAGCAGCAUCCUCCAUGGCACUGAUGAUGGAGAUGGAGAAGGAAAAGAUCAGAGAAGAAGCACUCCAAAAGAUAGCAGCAUUGGAAGAACAGAAGAGAAUGAGCCUGCAGAUGGAGAGGAAGAUUAAGCCUGAGAAGAACGUGAGCGUGAGUAGUUUUGGACACGGGACAGCCAGCUACAGAAGGUACAGCAUUGAGGAAAUAGAAGAGGCAACAAACAUGUUCUCGGAGUCUCUCAAGAUCGGGGAAGGAGGGUAUGGGCCAGUAUACAGGUGUGAACUAGAUUGCACCCAGGUUGCAAUAAAGGUGUUGAAGCCAGAUGCAGCACAAGGACGAGAGCAGUUUCAGCAGGAGGUGGAAGUGCUGAGUUGCAUAAGGCAUCCAAACAUGGUUCUUCUGCUGGGUGCUUGUCCAGAGUAUGGGUGCCUGGUGUACGAGUACAUGGCCAAUGGAAGUUUGGAUGAAUGCCUUUUCCCAAGAGGAAAAUCACGUCCACCUCUCCCAUGGCAGCUAAGGUUCCAGAUCGCUGCAGAGAUAGCCACGGGUCUCCUUUUUCUUCACCAGACCAAACCAGAGCCACUCGUCCACCGCGAUUUGAAACCCGGAAACAUUCUUCUUGACCGCAACUACGUGAGCAAGAUCAGUGACGUGGGCCUGGCCAGGCUCGUCCCUCCUUCGGUUGCAGACACUGUCACUCAGUAUCGCAUGACUUCUACUGCUGGAACUUUCUGCUACAUCGACCCGGAGUACCAGCAAACGGGUAUGCUCGGAAUCAAAUCUGACAUAUACUCUCUCGGGAUAAUGCUUCUUCAAUUGGUCACGGCCAAGCCACCGAUGGGUUUGACUCAUCAUGUUGGAAGGUCCAUUGAGAAGGGAACUUUUGCGGAGAUGCUUGACCCCGCCAUUCAGGACUGGCCACUUGAACAAGCCUUGCAUUUCGCCAAGCUUUCCCUCGGAUGCGCUGAAAUGAGGAGAAAAGAUAGACCUGAUCUUGGAAAAGUUGUGUUGCCGGAGCUCAAUAAGCUUAGGUUAUUUGCUGAACAAAACAUGUCACCUAUGAUGAUGUUUGGACUUAGAAGUACUGGUGGAGGUGGUGCUGCAGGAUAUGUUCCCAGAAACAGUAACUCUUCCAUCCAUUCCGGACUUUCUUCUUCAACCCAAGGCAUGAGUGAAGUGUCUGGCUUCUCUGGAUAUGAAAGCCGCUCAAGCACAUCAUCACUGGGGAGAAUAUGAUCCAAGUGUAGAGUUAUUGUUUUACCUUUCUUUUUGUGUAAUUUUUAUCCAGCCUUACGCUCAAAUUCUUUUUUGAAUGAAUAUGAGAGGCAGGGGGGUAUCAAUUAAACUUAAUUGGUUGGAUAUUAUCCACAGCACUCGGCCACAUGCAUCUUUGAAGAAUGUGUAUCAUACAAGAAAAUAUUGUAAUCCCUAAAUGUA